AUGCGACUGUUGGGCUUUUACCCGCCUCAAAAAUUCAAAAAAAUCUACCAAUUAUACGCAUAUGCGGUAUACGUUACUUUUACCAUUCCAGUUCCAACACUAGCAGCAGUGCAUUUAUUAGUUAGCGACAACGUAGAUCUAGCCCAAGUGGGCGAUGGCUCAUUCAUGAUGUUUCAAGUUGGAUGCUUCAUCGCUAAAUUAGUACCAUUCAUUUUUCACUCAGAGGUAAUCAGAAAAUCCAUCUACAUGCUAGAAUGGCCGGUAUUCAACAACUACUCUCGGAAACAAGAAGUCAUAAUCGAGAAAGGUGUGAAAACUUGCAAGAGAAUCACUUGGUUGUUUUUGGGGUUCUGUGUGACGGCUGCAACGAGCUGGGCCGUAACGCCACUAUUUGGAAGCGGGCACACAUUUCCUAUCGAAAUUUGGCUACCUUUUGACGCAACUUCAAACAAAAAGAUUUACGUUUUCACGUAUAUUUUCAUUGCGUCGGGUGUUUUUAAUGGAGGUACAUCUAACGGUGUGAUAGAUCCUCUAGUUGCUGGGAUGGCAUGUUUUGCUGCCACUCAGCUUAGAGUGCUAAAAGAUAAUUUACAAAAUUUGGGGGCCGAUGCAGAGGAAAUAGUUCGUGCUAGCUAUGACGAAGAAAAUAAGCAGUUGAAGGAAAAAUUAAGAAAUGAUAUUAUUUACAACAAAAUCGGAGAAUGUAUUACGCAUCACGCUGCAAUUAUAAAGUAA